AUGUGGCAUCCAAGUGAGAACACUGCCCAAGAACUUCCGAGACACCAUCUAUCCUCAGGAGACUUGGGCUGCGUUUUCUCUGGAUUGACUCGCUACGUGACUCAUUGUUCUCGGUUGACAACUGGCGAAAAGAGUCCAUUACCAUAG